UUUGCGAAAGUUACCAGUCAGGUGUUCAGACCUGAUAUAUGGUGGACGGCCUACUGUGAACGUUCUUCUCUGUUUCUGAAAGGCUGUCUGAUAGAUGUGAUUUCCGGGCUGAAGCGACCCGCACCAGGUGACGGAGGCGUGGAUAUAAUUGGGAAUUUCCUAAGAAUCCCAUUUGUUAUCCAGUGCAAGAAUCAAAGAAGAGGAAUUGGUCCCUCAGUUGUGCGGGAAUUGGAAGGAGUACUAACCAAAUACCAUGAAGAUACAAUUGGUAUUCUGAUGGUCCCAACCAAAAAUAAAUUUAACGAUGGAGCAGUAGAAAGAGCCAGAGCAUCCGAAUAUAUUCUGAUCCUAACAGAUGCAAGGGAUUUAUAUUCGGAUCUCGUUCG